ACGGAUUCAUUUUGUUUACAUUUUGUUCAUUCAUGGACCCAAAAUACACAACUAUGUUACACAGAAAUGUUAAAAGGCAACAAUACAUCCCAAAGGGUUUUUAACCACCAACUUCUCUGCAAUUCACAUCAUCUAAGUUCCUGAAAGGUGCCUGUCUAAGAAAAACCUCAGUAAGAAAACAUGAGUUGAAAGGGAUUGGAACCCAACAGCACGUCUCACCACCUCCCAAUAAAAGUUGCUCACAAGUGCCAUGGUCCUAAGGGCAAAACGCUCAAUGCAAACAACAAUUUCCAUUUUACAGUGUCCUUGAUGUAGGCCCUAUUUACAUGAGCAAACACACAUUGCUCCGCUCGCUCUGCAUCCCCUGCACGUAGCAUUACCUGCACUGCUCACUUCCUUGUGUGGAGACAAUGUGCAAGGGGCUAGGAAGACUCUAACGCAGUACAUGCACCACCCUCAGAAGCUAUGGAACUAUGCUGCAAGAAAUACCCCAAUGGGUGGAUAUAUCCCACAGUUCUUCUCUGCCUCUAUGGCUUUUUUGUCAAUCUAAAUGCAACAGACCCAUUUAUCAUCCCAUAUCUUGUUGGAUCAUAUCACAAUCUGACUGCUGUGCAGGUGGCAAACUCUGUGCUGCCAGUAUGGACCUAUAGCUACCUGGCAUUACUGAUUCCUGUGUUCCUACUAACAGAUUACCUCUGCUACAAACCAGUCAUAUUCCUGCAGGGCCUGGGAUUAAGCAUCUCUAUGAUCAUAAUGCUCUUCACCCAUGGUGUUCCGGCUAUGCAAGGGAUGGAGUUUGCCUAUGCCAUUUUCACCUCCUGCGAUGUGGCCUAUUAUGCUUAUAUCUACAAUGUGGUGGACACAGUACAUUAUCAGAGAGUUACUAGUUACUGCAGAAGUAUAACACUGGUGGGUGCCACCCUUGGUGCCUUGGGUGGCCAACUGUUACUGUCCUUGGCUGGGGUCUCCUAUUUCACCCUUAAUGUACUGACACUGACAUUGACCUUAGUGGGACUUGUGUUCACUUUGUUUCUGCCCAUGCCCACAAGGAGCAUGUUCUUCCAUAAACAAAUGGCAGGGGACACAAUAAAGAUGUCAGUGCAACAGGCAGAAUCUCCCUGUUUAGAGAAAAUCAAAGCUGCUGCUACUGGCAAGGAUACGGAGCCCGACAGCAAACACCUCUCCAGAGUGCUUUUUCUUCUGUCUAAAGAAGUGAAACAGUGUUAUUCCUCCAAGCAGAUUGUGUACUGGUCCCUUUGGUGGGCCUUUGCCACACCAAUAUACAACCAACUCAUAUGCUAUGCUCCAAUAUUGUGGGAACACGUGGAAUCUUCCAAGACAAUGGCUGUGUACAAUGGUGGAGUUGAGGCUUUGUCCACAUUUCUUGGUGCUCUAUUGUCUUUAUUGGUGGGACAUGUAAAGGUGAGUUGGACAAUGUCCUCAGAACUUGCUUUGACUGUUUUUUCCAUCGCUGAAGCAGGAGCUCUGUUCCUUAUGGCACUCAGCAGGAAUAUCUGGAUGUGCUAUGCUGGAUUUCUGAUAUUCAAAUCCUCCUACAUGCUCCUCAUCACCAUAACCACGUUCAAGGUUGCAGUUAAUCUGAGUAUGGAGCAUUACGCACUUCUUUUUGGCAUCAACACCUUGGCAGCUCUGGCACUUCAGACCCUUCUCAGUCUCAUUGUAGUAGAUCCUGUUGGUCUGGGAUUGGACAUAUUCAGACAGUUUUUGGUGUAUGGAAGCUACUACGCUGUCAUUGCUGGGAUGUUCUUUGUGUGGAACAUGUUCAUCUUCAUCUCAAUCUACUGCAGGAGCCCAAGGAACAGUUUAAAUACUGCAAUCAGGUCUGAGACUCAGCUUUAUGGACUAAACAGAUAACAUCAACUGGAACCACGACCCACGUGCCUUUUGUAGACAAUAUUUGUUUUAACUGAUGAAACUGUUCCCCGGUUAUUUGAUGGUAAAUUCAUCUGUCCAGCACAGCUUGGCUUCAAGAAAAAAAUCAUUCAAAUAAAA